UACAGUGUAAUUAUUACGUAACAUCUGCGGAUCGUCUGCAGGAGACCAGUAGGUGAAGGUGGAAGUUGAAGGUGUCGGGUUAAAGUGUAGGAUAGUGUACACAAAUCAAAUUAUAAUGGGUGACAAUCCACCAGGAAGAAAUCCGAUGCAAAGAUUUGCUAAUGCAGUUUCAUCAGUAGUUGAAGGCCCCGUAAUAUGGUUUAGAGAAAAGGUAGUCGAACCAAAUCGACCCACUUAUUAUUGGUAUCAUCGUAAAAUGAGACGUGUCCCAACAAUAGAUGAAUGCUAUACGGACGACGCUGUGUGCUACUUAGAGGCUAAUGCACAGUUCAAGAGAGACAAAAUGGUGGAGAGUGAAAUCUUGAGCAUACUGAGACAGAGGUAUGAGGACUGUGUGCAUUAUGAAACUCCAGAUCAUGUGCCUAAAUGUAAACUGCUUCUGGAUCAGUACAACAAGGCUGCAGAAAAUUGGUUCAUUAAAUAUGGUGACCUUGGAUUCGUUGGAGAUGUCAGGGAUGCCUUUAUGAAGCAGAAACACCGAAUGGUAUGGGAGCGCAGACAUGGACCAGUGGGUUCAGGGAUGCGAGAAACAAAUGUGCCAGCAUAAAUGAUGUGUUGGUGCAGUUGUGUAGUUCUUGUUGUAAAUUAUUAAUAAAGUUGUUUUGAGUUUUCAAAAUGAUGAUAAUAAAUAUACUUGAUUUGAUAGCUAAAACAAUAGUUUACAUUGACUUUGACCUUUGAAAAAUAUGUGCCUUAUGCUCAUUACUGUUUGUACCGACUGCACAGUUGCCAUAUUAUGAUUGGGUGUUUGUAUGUGCUGUAUUGUUCUUGCAGAUUAAAUCACAGAUAUUUGAGUCUGUCAUAAAUUCUAA